AUUCACAUUAAAUAUCAGUGUUGCAAGCAAGUUAGAAACGCAUUUUUCAUUAAAACGUAAAAAUGUCAUAAUUUUUAACAAUUCUUUGAUCGUCAAUAGCAAGUGAAAUAUUUCCAUUGAAGUCAUAAUAAUACUGUUAUAAUAAUAUUACUUUCUUGAAAUUUCUAUCUAUCUUUUUAUCUUCUAUCUCUUAACGUCGAUACUACAAUCAGUAAGUUAUAAGAAAAGACGAGGAUAAAAUUACAUAGUUGCGACUUUAUCACGGUAUUUUUUUAAACCAUAAUGGAAACGGAACUAAUAACGACAUCCUACUUAUCGAUUGUAACUUGGUUUCUGUUGGCUACGCUUACAGUGUUAAUUGCCCUGCACUUCUACAUCGAAACCCAUCAAAAAAUUCGUCUUAUAAGAAAAAUUCCAGGUCCACCAUCAUUGCCUCUUAUAAAUCAUGCAUAUUUAGGUCUCAAAAUAUCUCCGGAAAAUAUCUUUAAAAUAGCUCUCAAAUAUCAGUCAGAAAUUGGUAAUGUAGGAGCAAUAUGUUUUGGUACAAAAGCAAUAGUCUAUCUGGUAGAUCCAGAAGAUAUUGAAGUAAUUUUAAGUAGUUCUGAACAUAUCAAUAAAUCCGAAGAAUAUAGCAUGUUCAAACCUUGGCUUGGAGACGGUUUGUUGAUCACAACAGGCGACAAAUGGCGCAGACAUAGAAAGAUGAUUGUGCCUACAUUUCACUUGAGUAUCUUGAAGACGUUUGUACCUUUAUUUUAUGAAAAUAGCAUAGAACUUGUAAACCGACUUCGCGAUAAAAUUGGAAAAGAAUUCGAUUGUCACGAUUAUCUAUCUGCUGUAACAGUUGACAUUUUAAUAGAAACAGCGAUGGGAAUUAGAAAGGAAAAAAGAAUGAAAACCGGAUAUGAAUACGCCGUGGCCGUGAUGAAAAUGAGCGAUGUCUUACACAGAAGGCAUUACGAUGUUUCAUUACGUUAUGACACAUUUUUCAAAUUUUCGAAGUGGGCCAAAAUCCAAAAGAAACUGCUGAAAACUAUUCAUACCUUGACAGAACAUGUAAUCAAAGAAAAAUCAGUAGACUUCGAAGAAAAACUUGCAAACAGGCAACAACUAAAAGAAGUGCAAAAUAGUAAACCAAGUGAAAAUUUACAAUCAAAUGCGACUAAAAAUACGGAAAGCAAUGCCGAUAAUUAUAAUAACUAUUAUGCAAAAGAUGAUCUCGAUGACAUUAAUGAGAACGAUGUAGGUGAGAAAAAGCGACUCGCUUUUCUAGACAUGAUGUUCGAAUUUAAAAAGAAUGGACAAAUGACGGACGAGGAAAUCUGGGAGGAAGUAAACACUAUCAUGUUUGAGGGUCAUGAUACUACAGCAGCUGGCUCGAGUUUUGUACUUUGUAUCUUAGGAAAUUAUCCGGAUAUUCAGGCUCGCGUACACGAAGAAUUAGAUACAAUUUUUGGUAAUAGUGACAGACAAUGCACCUAUCAAGAUACUUUAGAAAUGAAAUAUCUUGAAAGAGUUAUUCUAGAAACUUUGAGACUUUUUCCACCAGUACCUAUGAUUGCAAGGCAACUUGACAAAGACGUGAAAAUAGUUACAGGCGAUUAUGUUAUUCCAAAGUCUACCACAAUAAUAAUCGGACAAUUUGUAACGCAUCGUUUAGAAAAAUAUUAUACAAAUCCACUAGUUUUUAAUCCAGACAACUUUUUGCCGGAGAAAAUGCAGCAAAGACAUCAUUACGCUUACAUACCAUUUAGUGCUGGGCCAAGAUCUUGCGUGGGACGAAAAUACGCUGUGUUGAAAUUGAAAGUUUUAUUGUCGACAAUAUUGAGAAAUUAUCAUAUUAUUUCUGAUACGCCAGACAAUGAUUUUCUUCUGCGAGCCGAUAUUAUUUUGAAAAGACAUGAUGGAUUUAAAAUCAAAAUUAAACCACGCAAGUCAGCAUCUUUCAAAGAGGAACAGCCGAUAAUUGACAAUCCUAUAUCCACACAAAAAGUCUGAUCUAAAAUAUUCUAAUAAAAUCUAGAUCUAUAAACCUUAAUAUAAAUUAUCUUAAUGCAAAAUGCGCUAUUUAUCAAUUACUUACGUAAAUAUAUUUAUGUAAUGUUUUACUAUUUAUUGUUGCUAAUAAUAUUGUUUAAGAUGUGAAGGGAAAUUAAAGUAAGUACUAUGUAUAUUUAUUUAAUAUAAAAUUAUAUUCAAUUGCGU